AUGUCAAUCGUACCGCCAACGACUGGAAGAGCUCCUUUAUCGGCGGUAGGACGCCGAACGGCGAGUACUACUAAAGGAACUUCAAAGUCGGGUGGAUCACCGGAGAAACGCAGCGGACAAUCGGCACGAUCAUCUAAUCAAACUCAACAAGCAAACGUGGGAAAGAAUGUUUUGAAACCAAUGAAUGAAAUAGAUCUUGAUGUCUCCGCACCACCGCGUCCACCUGAUCCGACAUUGUUUAUUCGAGCUGGAACAUCGGGCAAUCGACAUCUUCUUCCUAUUCAUCUAAUCGAUGAUGAUGUGAAUAUUGGUUCAUUUAUUCGUCCAAUAUCUCGUUUGAGUUCUCGAACAUCAACAACAGAAUUGUGCACAAAUGUAGAUAUGAUACGCAAUGUUUGUUCGUCAAUAAAAACGCUGCAACAUUUCGAUAUCAGCAAGAAUGACUUGAAAGAUUUAUCAUCGGAUCUCGGUUCAUUAAUCGAACUUGAAUCAUUGAAUUGUUCACAUAAUCAAUUAACUGAUAUGAGUAGUUCGUUCGAACAACUAGUACUUUUAAAAGAAUUGGAUUUAUCAUUCAAUCAAUUCAAUCAAAUACCCAAUGUCGUGUAUACGUUAAAAUCACUCAUUCGAUUGAAUUGCGAACACAAUUUUAUAACAAGUGUUAAUGCAGAAUUGAUCGAUUUAAAACGUCUGAAAUUCUUAAUCAUGGACCAUAAUCAACUUGAAUCUCUGGCAACAUGUGACUUCAGUCAAAUGAAAAAAUUGGAAUACAUUCACAUAGCACACAAUCAACUAUUGAAAUUUCCACGUGGUUUACAUCGUCUACAUCAUUUAAGAAAUGUCAAUCUCUCCCACAAUCGUUUAGCAACGUUUCCCAUCGAUCUACUCCAAGUCAGCACGCUUGAUGUGCUUAAUCUCAGUCAUAACUUAAUUGUCAAAUUGCCGCCCAUGCCAGUUACGUAUAAACGUGUAUCGUUAAUCUUCUCCAUAGAUUUGUCAUUUAAUCAAUUGACAAAGUUUCCGGAAUAUUUGUUAUUAGUUGCGAAGAAAGUCGAUGUCUCGAAUAACAACAUCCGAGUCGUUUCAAAUGAUUUGCUGAAAAUUUUGAAAAAUGAAAUUAUUACAACACGACAACUCAUAAUUCAUACGAAUCCAAUCGGACAACCGGUCUUCCCACCUGAGGUGCUCAAUGAAGAUGUCUCGAAUACAAUGAGCGUCCUUCGAAUAGUGAAAAAUUGUUUAGAUGAACAAUUAACCGAUGUUCAUGUUCGACAAGGUUUUAAAAUCUGCAUAACCGGUCCGAAGAGUAGUGGUAAAACAGCAUUAGCAAAUUGCUUAGAAGAAAAUGCGCCGUUAACUAUCAAUGAAAAUGAAGAAGAAGUCGAAGAACGAAUUGUUCAGGUUCAUCAAUAUUCAUUUCGAAUUCACGCAGCGCCUGAACAGACAUCCCCACCAUCACUUCCACCUUCGUCAAUUGCUCCAACAGAAAAAACAAAACCUUCAUCAAAUAAAAAUAUUGUUGAACUGGCUAAAACUCAACCUCAACGUUCAGAAAUUAACACACGCAUGCGAAGAAAUUUGUCUGCUCAAACAACCAAACAAACUACAGCGGCAACUCCACCACCUAAAUCACCAGUCCCACCACCCUCAACACCUCCACCGCCUGUUUCUGUUGAACCAAUGAAAUUUCUUCCAUUAACGAUCUAUGAUUUUAACGGCUCGUCCGAAUAUUAUGAGCACAUGCCUCCAUUUAUCGAUACAAAUGCUCUUCAUCUACUUUGUAUACAUGCAUUUGAUUUUCAACAGACGACGCCUGAAGCUAUCGAAGAUGUAUUCAAUGAGACGUUCGAUAGAUCAUCAUCACCGAUAAUUACACAAUUAUUUCAAUUAUUACAACUUUUAUGCGAAAAGACAACUCGAACACGUGCAAUUAUGAUUAUACCACUUGCGACAUGUAUUGAUCUUUACGAUAAGCACUCUAAUGACGAGAAAACUGCAGCUUUAGAAAAAAUCAAUAAAUUCUUUCAACUUUAUCUUCAACAUCGCGUUGAUCGAAUUAAACACAACAUGGAAUUAAUUCAUUCUCUUUCAACAAUCUCUUCGUCACUUUCCGAUCGAUUAAAAACCUAUUCUUCUCUCCUCAGUAUUCGCCUUCAAAUCGAACCAUGUCAUUCAGUCAGUUCAUUGACAUUUCAUGGUAUUGACGAGUUGAAUCGCAUUAUUCAACAUCAUAUUUUAACACAAAAGAUAAUCUUUCCCCAUGUUGAUCGAAUCUUGCCGGGCCUUUGGGCAGAUGCUAAUCAGUAUAUUGAAUCUUUAGCUGAUCUAUUACCUUUUCCCUACCUUCUUUGGACAAACUUUACCAGUCGUGUGAUUAGUAAACAUGGUCUUUCACACUUGAUUAACGAUAUUACAAUGUCCGUACGUGAUGAAGGUAAAAUUAUUGUUUUGAACGAGAUCGGUACCAAUGAUCGAGUGGUUUUCCUUCGACCGUCCUGGUUAACGGAUCUGCUGUAUAAUCUCUUUCGUCAUGAUAUGUCAAGCACGUAUCUUGACUAUGAAAAGAAUGAUAUUUUUGCUCUCAGUAAUCUUCCUGAAGCACGUUUCCAAACGUGUAAGACGGAAUUCUUGAAAAGUGGACUUUUACAUUCGGAUUUACUUCGAUCAAUAUGGUUUAAUCUAUUGUAUAAAAAGGAAAGUUUCUAUCAUCUAUGGUUUACCAUCAUGCGUUUCCUCUUGGUUGCUUAUCCAAAAAUGAGUAAAGUACAACUGAAGCGGCUUGUUCAUGUUGAAGCAUCGGAUUCACUUUCUAAAGGUGAACGUAGUUAUACACGUUUAAUCGAUAUGAAACAAAAUCCCGAUGACAAAGAAGAGAUUAAAUUCGACUAUGCUGUUGUGCCUUAUUAUUUACCGUUCAUCAAACCGAAAGAGCAACAAGAAGAAUUCAGACGUUAUAAUAAUCGAUUGAAAAAUAUCAUUACUGUUCGUUAUACAAGUCAAUCAUUACCAUUGGGCUUUUUCCAUCGGUAUUCUGUUUCGGCUAUUUUAAGAUUGGAUAUUAUCUAUAAAAAACAUUGGAAUGACUUUAUUCUUGGUGAACACGAAGAACGAGAGACGAGAUUUAUUCUCGAGACGGAUCAUCGAACAUUUAUCAACUGUCAUUGUGGGACAUCGAUUGCAGAGCAAUCAUUCGAAGAGAUUUGGAAUGUUCUCAUGCCAAUUUUGAAUCAUUUUGAAGAAAUGUUCACACAAUUAGCUCCAAGUAAUCAAUUCGAGCGAUUUGUUCAAUGUCCUCAAUGCAAAGAGUUUUCGUUUAUGGGUGAAUGGACAACACCGAAAGAAUUACAAUGUAUCAAAACGAAAGCAUGUUCGUUAUGUGGUGAAAACAUCGAUACGGCUCGUCUUGUUCAACCAAACGAAAGAAAACGACGAAGUGAAGAACUGUUGAGACGAAUUCGUGAACGACAUGCAAAAAAUGCAACGAAAGUUGCUGACAACGCAGCAGCAUCUCAGCAAGAACCACCGUCACCGUCAGCAGCAGCAGCAACAACUAGUACACAACUUUUAGUACCACCAGUGUGA